AUGGAUAGAAACAGUUCCAGGUGUGAAAUGAGUGAAGGAUGUUUAUCACCAGCAUCUAGAAUACGUAUUGCAGCAGAUAUUCAUCGGCACAGUACCAGUGAUGAUGAUAGCGGAUGCGUGCUUGAAGAAUAUUCUUGGGUUCCAAGUGGCAUUAAACCUGACAUGAUUCAUAUGUAUUUUGCGUGUUUGCCAGAAGAUAAAAUACCAUAUGUGAAUUCGAUUGGUGAAGAGUGGCGGACACAUCAAUUGCAUUAUCAGUUACCACCGCAAGAUUCUGAUGCACGGUAUUGCGGUAAAUUAGAUGCCAGGGAAAGACGAGAAUUAGUACAGUUUGAACUAGGUCGAAAACGUGAGUGCCUUGGACGUGGUACUAUCGAACAGUUGCCAUAUGACAGCAAACGACGGCAUUGUCAUCAGUGCAAAGGAUCAUUGUGUGAAGGGAACAUGGUAAUAACAGCAGAAAGAUUUGGGCAUGAUGUGCAUUGGCAUCCUAAAUGUUUUGUAUGCACUGAAUGUUCAAAUCUGCUCGUCGACUUGAUAUAUUUUAAAUAUGGUGGUGAUGUAUUCUGUGGUCGACAUCACGCUGAACAAAUCAAACCCAGAUGUGCCAGGUGUGACGAGCUCAUCUUCAGUACAGAAUGUACAGAAGCGGAAGGAAGAACAUGGCAUAUGGCACAUUUCUUAUGUUCAGACUGUGGUGUUCAACUUGGCGGACAAAGGUAUAUUGGAAGAAGUGAUCGCAUAACAUGCAUUCCUUGUUAUCUACAAAAUUGUUCACUAGUUUGUAAUACAUGUGACAAGGAAAUUAUUGUGGAUAAGCCUCAUAUUACGCAGGGAGACACACAUUGGCACGCUGAUCAAAGUUGCUUUUGCUGUAAUGGUUGCGGAAAAAAUUUGUUGGGUAAGCGGUACUCAUUCAGAGAUGCCAAGUUAUAUUGUGGCGUGAAUGGUAAUUGUCGAAAGAGGUAUCCAAAGGUAACACAUUUUCUUCAAAGUUUUAUUCUCAGUCUUCAUAUUUGCUUAUCCUUCUUAUUCCUAUUUAAUUAG